AUAAUAAAUAUUCAGUCAGUGUGAAGUAAUACAAACACUUGAACAGCAAAUUUGCUGUAGUGUUCUGAUUAAUUUUAAUUAGGUAUAUAAAUUAUAUUAAUCCAAAUAAUGGAUUCCGAUGGCGGAGUGCGUAAUAUGCGCCAUCUUAUCAAAAUGUUUGAAAGACAAAUUGAGGAAAUAAGAGACGAGGAUAACGAUGGCUUAGAACGCGUUGGUAACGAAGCAGACCCGUCGGCCACUAGCCACAGCCCAGCAGCCGAGUUCGAGUCGCUAAUCGAGCGGCUGGAGCGCGUGACGUCGCGGUUGGAACGCCUGCCAGUGCUGCGCGUGCGCACGCCCACCCCGCCCCCCUCGCCGGCUUCCGCUACCCCAUUGCAAACGGAACUAGUGCGAUCAGACAACAUGAGCGUUAAUGGAUACCAGGAUAUAGUGCAGGGUCCCCUGCGGACGUAUCUCGACCUCUCCCAGCAAAUUGGUGGGGAUGUCGCCACUCACGCCAAUUUGGUCAAUGCUGCCUUCCAGGCACAGCUGCGCUACAUCGAGCAAGCGACGCUCCGUAGCAAGCCGUCGCAAGCAGAAGAGAUGCAAUUGUUGACUCCCACCAGCCAACAGAUCACUGCCAUCCAGCAGUUUCGCGAGAAGAAUCGUGUUUCACAGUUCUUUAACCAUUUAUCCGCUAUAUCGGAGAGUAUUCCGGCCCUGGGAUGGGUAGCGGUGUCUCCUACUCCGGCCCCGUACGUGAAAGAGAUGAAUGAUGCCGGCCAAUUCUACACGAAUCGUGUGUUAAAAGAGUGGAAGGAGAAAGAUAAGAGGCAUGCCGAUUGGUGCCGCGCGUGGGUGCAGCUGUUGUCUGACCUGCAGGCUUACGUGAAGCAGUACCACACCACUGGGCUUGUUUGGUCUGGUAAAGGCGCCGGGGCUCCGCCACCGCCUCCCCCCGGCGGCAUGCCGCCUCCGCCACCGCUACUGCCGGAGGCCGACUUCGCCAACCUGAGCGUCGACGACCGCAGCGCUCUCUUCGCGGAAAUCAACCAGGGCGAGGGCAUCACUAGCAGCCUCCGCAAGGUGACGUCGGACAUGCAAACGCACAAGAACCCGCAGUUACGGCAGGGCCCGGCGCCGUUCAAAGCGACGGCGGCUCGCGGCGCCUCCAAGCCGAUGCCGCAGCCCGGCGCUGGUGCGCUGCCGGACAAGCCGCCCGUUUUCAUGCGGGACGGGAAGAAGUGGCUCAUUGAGUACCAGAAGAGCAACCCAAACCUAGUGGUUGAGAAUGCCGAUAUGAACAACGUGGUGUACAUGUUCCGUUGCCGUGACUCGGCUUUGACGGUUCGCGGGAAAGUCAACGGAGUCGUCUUGGACUCUUGCACCAAGUGCGCCGUGGUCUUCGACAAUCUGGUUUCAAGCAUCGAGUUUGUCAACUGCCAGUCCGUUCAGAUGCAGGUACUGGGCAAGGUGCCGACCAUAUCGAUUGACAAGACGGACGGCUGCCAGAUCUACCUGUCGCCGGAGUCGCUGGAGGUGGAGAUCGUCAGCUCCAAGUCUUCAGAGAUGAACGUCCUUGUGCCUAAUGGCAACGGCGACUACACGGAGCACCCAGUACCGGAGCAGUUUAAGACGACCUUGAGCAAGGGCGCGAAAGGCUUGGUCACUUCCCCCAUCGAGAACAAGGGCUAAGGAGCCCGCCGCGCCCGGGAGCUCGUCUGUUGAUCGCAGGCCACUGUUUGCGUCCCCUUUAAUUUUUAUACUUACUUUUUUAAUUGCUUUAUGAUAAUAUGUAAAGAUUUAAUGGUCAUUACAUUGUGUUAAAAGAACCUAUGGCUGUUGGAUAUGAUUGUAAAACCAGCUCAUAAGUUUUAUUUCGCUUGCAAUAAUUUAACUGCAUAUAUCUCAUAUUGUCAUCAUAUUCCGGCACCAUAUGAUAAUACAACCCAAGUAUGGAAUUGAACGGUGUUUCAGGAAUUACAUACAUUUAGAUAAACGUAAGUGGUCUGUCCUCGACAGAAGAAGACGCGUGUUUUAGAUAACUGUAAUAACAAAUCAGAGACGAGACCGGCGUUCUUUAAUUAAUUAAUGAAAAUAUUUUGCACGGUCUAGUUCAAUAUUAGUUCACUUUGUAAGUCUCGUCUCGAAAACGUUAGAGCACAAAUUAUAAUUCAUCAGUAAAUCCCAUCGGCACUCGUUCUCGGGCUGUAAUAUUAUUGAUAAUCAUUUAAAUAUCUUAAUUUCUUGCUCAUUUCACUCAUUGUAGUAUUAUUAAAGUUAUUAAUCUUAAACGAGUAGAGAUUACAAUAUAACUUGUAUUUACUGGCCUUCAUGUAUAAUUUGAAGAUGUUCCUUACGCUUGUCUCGAGGUUUUAAUUUUGACAUUAUUCGUAUAUGAAGAUAGCUUGGAGUACCAUCUGGUACAGGAUAAGUUAAGAUUUAUAAAUAGAUGUAAGGCGUGUGACUGUCUGAUUUAAUUUUAAGGUUUGCAUUCUUGACUAUCGCUAUUUUGUGACUAAGUGAUUCUAAAACCCCGUUUUGUAUGAAGGCUAUUCUUUUUAAUGCUUAUUCUGUAAGUGUAACAUUCACAUUAAUAUUCUCUCAUUUAUUUUAUUUUUCCAAAUAUUAUUUAUUUUAAGAACUACUUUUUAUCUUUUAUGGAAAGUAUUAUGGAUGGAUCAGUAUAAUAAUUUAAUUUUAUUCAGAUAAUUACAUAUUUAUAUUGUGAAGUCGUGCAUAAGAAUUGUAAUAAUUUAUAUUAAUCAUAACUACUCUCCUAAUUUGGAAGAAUAUAAAUAUAAUAUUGUAUUACCUACAAGAUUGCAUUUUGUUAAUUUAUUUGUCUAAUUAAAAUCAUUUUUAAGAAUAA